UAGACAUGAAAUAUUGGAGACACCCAUAAGAAGCACGAAGAAAGCUGUAAUGUGGACCGGAGAGCACGGCUUCUUAGAUCAUUCAAAGCCAUUAAAGGGUGAGAGCCAGGUUUUUUACCCCACUUCUCCAAAGUCAGUACUGCCCAAUCCUAAAAUGCGUACCUUCGAUUUGACGAUAACAGAGCGGACAAAUAACAUGCUGAGGGAUUUGGAGAGGACACAUUGGGUCACCACCUACCAAAUGCACCACACAGGAUCGGGGCCAGCUAAUCCUCUAAAGAUAGAUGACUUCCAGGAAAAAAUCUAUGACAUUACCAGGAUGAAUUCACACAAUGCACCACUGAGAGAAACGUCCUUUCCUGUAUUUGUUCCCUCUAAACCCAGAGGAGGAUGUAAAAGAAGAGAGGCGGGCACAUGGAGUACUGCUGCUGCUGCUGCUGCUGCUGAACACACAAAUGUAUCCUCAGCUAAAAACCACGGCACUGGCAGGCCACAAGUGAUCACAGCUAAGUAUAAUGAGGCAACAGAUCCAGACCAAAAGGGUCAUUAUCAGUCAAAGUACAGUUCUGGCUCCACAGAAGCAUGGCGCGCUGAGCCAUCCCAGGAGGUCUCACCCGAACAACAAAAUGAGAGAAAAUGCUCUCUGUACAAGGGAAAGGAGAGAGACAACUACAUGUCCAGGGAAACUUCAGAGCAGGAGAUCUUGGCAGAGGGCAGAGAGCUGCUAUGCAGUUUACCUAACCCUUGCAUCCUGCCCAGACCUCCUGUCUUGCCUGGCAUUCACCAAGUGGACAGAGCUCUCUGCCUCAUGGACCUUCAGAAUUCAUUCAGUAAAACAAAGGCCCAGCACAACUUUAAUCGCUCUGUCACGCAUGCUGCUGUGAACCUGAGGGACAAUGUGCACACAGGAAAGAAACAUGACUUCUAUGGGAUAAACUGUUACUACCUGCAUGGAUAACAUAAUGCACAUGGAUUUCUACUUCUUGGAAGCAAACCAUAGAAAUAAUGUGAAUCCUAAGCAACUUAUUAAAAUAUAACAACUUGUGUAUGUAAUAUUAAAUACAGAGUUUAGCACUGAAGUAUGUGUUUAAAGCAUGGUUGAAUUGUUGAGUGAAAUAAAUUC